GCUUCUUAAACCUCUGAGGCCAGUAGUUUGGUUAUCCAUCUGUACGUGCGGGAAACGAACGGAUUAGUAAAGGGGCAGGUCUUCGAGAAUUUGAAUCACCUACACAUGGAGCACAAAGAUGACGACGAUGAUGAUGUGUCUUUCGCCAAAUGGAUGAGCAGCUUCUGGGGUCACGGCUGGAUAGAAGAGAAUGGGAGAGGACUCCGGGACCACCACGGAUCACAAGAUGCCACUUACAGGAAAACCUCCCUGCCCUGCCCAUUUCCUGUGCUUCCCAGAAUCACAUCAUCUGACAGCCAUCCCAGAAGGCAUUCUCAUGAGGACGAGGGAUUUCGAUGCCAUACCCACAUGCUGGAUUACAGAAAAUGUUCAGUGGAUGAGUCAUUCAAGGAGCCACUGGAAUCAAAAGGAAGCUCCCGUUCCAAAAUUCAAGCAUUUUCAGAGUCCUUUGAACAGGAACUGUGCUUUAGAACCAAACGCUCUGUCUCUUUGGGACCUGAGAGCAGAAAGGAGAGAAGCAAAAGGGAAUGCCUGAGGAUGGAGAUGAAAUCUCAAAAGAAAGUGGAGGAAAGAAGGAACCCUAGGAAGGAAGAACAUGGAGAAACAUACAUGCCCCCCUUGCUUGAAAAAGAUCCCAAAUAGUAUUUUGUUUCCACAUCAUGUCUGCAGAUGCCACUGUGGUUUUCGGGCCCCAGUACGCCAGGCCAGGUAGUGGUAGCGGUGAAGGAGUGCCCACAGAGGCUGAGUGACUGCAGGGGGCGGUCGGUGCCUCUGCUCCCCCACAUGACUCACACCCAACUCUGACUGCUUCUGAUGUCUUAGUUGAGAGUGUGAUCUGCUCUGUUGUCCUUUUAUGGGACUAAGGAGAAUGACAGGUAUUUUAAUAGAAUAAGUUAUUCU